AUGUCUAAUUGUCUUUAUAAUAAUUUAAUUAAUGGUAAUAAUAUACCAUUACAAAAUGAUAAAAUUAUUAAUAAAUAUAAUAGUGACGUUGAUGUUCCAUAUCAUAAUGAUAUUAUUUUACAAUGUCAAGAAACUUAUUUUAGAUUAAAUUAUAAUGUUGGAAUUGUUAAUAGUAAACUUUUACAAGCUUGGUCAAAAAAAAUUGGAACUUCAGGAUUUACUGUUCAUUUAAAUGAUUGCAAAAAAGAAGCAAUAAAAAUUGUAUUAAAUUUAUUUCAAAAUAGUAAUGCAAAUGUUUCUGAAACACAUAUUCUUGAUGUUUACCGUGUUUUAGUUAAAUUGGAAUGUACUUUUUUAGAAAAAAAAUUUCAUAAUUAUAUUAAUCAAUCUAUAUUAAUGAGAACCAAUAAGAAUAAUAAUCAAUUAUACUUAUCAAAUAAUAUUCCUAAUUCUAAAACUUUUGAUAUUAAGAAUAGUGAUUCAUCAUCUUUGAGAUUAAAAAAACUUUCAUUAGAAAUAAAAGAUUUACAAAAAGUUAUUAAUAAUUUUAUUAAAGAAAAAAAUUAUAAUGCUCAAUUUGAAAAAAAAUCUUUAAAAGAAUUACCAGAUGUAGUAAUGAGUGAUAAAGUUAUUGAUACAAAAUUUUUAACUGGAAAGAAAAUUUUAUAUUAUAAAGAUUAUCAAGAAAUUUUUGAUAUUUUAGAUUUUUAUAAAUCAAAAACUUCUUUUGAUCAAAUUAAAAUUCCUUCACCUGAGUAUAAUAAUUUUAAAUUAAUUAUUGAUAAUGAAGUUUAUGAAAUCAAAUGUUUAUUAGACUUAAAAAAUGUUGCUAAGUAUAUUAAAAGAAUUUACAAUAAAUAUGAAAAUAAAGCUAGCUUAAAUAAUGUUAAUAUGAUAAAAAAGAAAGAUACAUUAUUGAAAAUUUUUCCUACAACAAAUUCAAGAAAUAGUAAUAAAAACAAACUAAUGGAUGAUAAAAAAAAUCUUUUUAUUUCAUUUAAUAAAGAAAAACAGUUAAAUAAUAAUGAAAAACCAGUAUCGAUAACAAUCAAACCAUAUAAUAUAUCACACAAGAACAAUUAUGAAGAAAGAUCAGAACCUUCAUAUGCAUCGACUAUUCAAAUGAAUACAAUUCACGAAACAACACCUUAUGAAAUGAGAAAUAUUCAUAAUAAUCAGGAAAAAAAUAACAAUAUAAAUGUUGGAUUUAAUCAUUCAUAUUAUGCUCUUAGUACACAAGUUUCUACUGGUUCAAAUUCUCAAGGUAAAACUUUUUCAUAUGAUGAUGUUAAUAAGAAAAAAUCAAAGAAAUUUUUUCCAGAAAUUAAUUAUUACAAAGAAAAUUAA